GGGGGUCACAUGAUCUGCAAAUAUCUAGCAGAUUUUUAAUUGGUGAUGAAUGAUGUUGACAAAUAUUUAUCAUCAUCAUCAAUUAAAAAUCUGCUAGAUUUUAGCAGAUCACGUGACCAGCUCCUACCAGGGUCUUUCCUCCAGAAGAGGAGUGCUUCCGUGCAAACCCCUGUCGUUAAUGACUGCUCCCUAAGCCCAUUUUCCACUAGGUGAAUUUUUUCGCACAAACAGUAUAUAGUAAAAAAGUAGGAACUGAUACAACUUUUUUGCAGCGAAUAUUUUUGCUGACCAGUCACAUUUGCCAAGAUUUGUUUUUCUCUAUUAACUUCCUAUCAAAUCCACUAUCUGGUCACACUGUGCCAAACAUUGGGCUCUCUGUGGAUGCCAUAUUGUUCUUCACAUAUUAGCAAUUUAGCCAAUCAGAAUUGAGCAUUCAAAUUCCACAUAGUUUUGAUUUUGAAAGUUUGAAACUGCUGCACGUUUGAUAUUUGUGGCACAGACUGUGGCUUGAUAUUUUAUUGAAGCUGUUUUCAUUUGGAUAUAUUCACUAUAUAGAUUCGCUACUUCUUAUACAUACAAAUAAAAGAAAUAGGUUUGUAAAUAUACUUCGUUUUGCUGGAUAUAUUAAAAGUGCCAUUGGGCACGUCCGCACGUGUAUACGAUGAAAUUGGUUUUGAAAUUGAUUUCGUUGUUUAUGUUUUUCAAUGUUUGCCAGGAGUCGGAAUAGAGUUUAUAUUUCCCUACGAAGUUUGCUGGAUUUGAACAUGAAUGGACGAAGGUAUCGGCGGUCACCUGACAGAACAAAGAAAUCGGUGAAAGAAAACGUAGCAUUGCCUGAAGCAAGUGAGAUACUGUCAUAUCGAGAUAAAUCGUUAGACAUGAGGUAAAUUUAUGGUUUACUUGUUUUAGGGGCUGUUAUUUAUACGGAAGCUGGGCUGGCCCGCUUAGCGAGACAGCCCGGUAAGCGGGAUGAAUUUCAGUUGUGUAUAUAUGAGAAAUUUCAUCCCGCUUGGCGGGACAAUUUUGUUGUUUUGACAGUUGUUAAAAAUAACUUGCGGCAGCAUCUUUGAACUUUUAUCCCAGCAACCAGGCUAGCUUGCUUGUGAGUGUUUAUAAGGAGAAAUUUUCAUCCUGGUAAGCAAGUCGUCUUGCCAACUGGGGCAGCCUGAUUGUCCAUAUACAAUUUUAAAAACGUAUAUUAGUAAUUUCUACGAUAAACAUAUAAACUACACAGCGAGAUCUUGCUUUACCGGGCUGUCUCGCUAAGUGGGCCAGCCUGACUUCCAUAUAAACAGCCCCUUAGGGACUGUUUAACCCUUUAAGUGGCAAUGCACCCAGAUGCGCCCUACUUUAUUAAUUACUCUGUCUAAUGCCAGACGAUUUUACUCAUCAGGGGGAGAGUGCUGCCAUGCACCCAGUAGGUUAAUCAGACUAUCUGCCAGUGCACCCUGUUAACCUUUAAAGGAGCAGUGUCACCUGGUGCGCAUCUUUUCCGUAGCGCACCAGGUGACACUGUUCCUUUAAGUAGCAAUGCACCCUACUUUAUUAUUUUACUCUGUCUAAUGCCAGAUGAUUUUACUCAUCAGGGGGAGAGUGCAUGCUGCCACUCAAUGGGUUAAUAUAUGAUCGCUGCUAUGUGGGACAGGACAAUUACUGUGAUCUCACUUGUGAUAUGAACUAUGUUGAAUGUUUAUAUGAUCCUGCUUCCAUUCUGGUUUGGUGGGGUCGCAUACCUACUAAGUCUCACGCAUUAUGCGUGUGACACACGCCUCAGCAUAUUUUCUCAUGCUCACAUGCGCAGUAUUAUUUAUCUCACGCAUGCCAGCUUGGCUGCUUGUGAUUGACGAGUUUAAUAAAAAAAAACACGUUAAAUCUGGAGGGCAAUGUAAACUUUGGAAACUUGUGAAAUGUUUUAGCAUUUUAUCAUGUGAAUUUGCUGUCAACACCUCAUUUGAUGCCAUAAAUUUGCCUAUUUCCCGUGCGUAAAUGCUAUCUGAUUACACUAUCCAAGGUGCAGCAAUCGUGAAUAAAUCGUGUCUUGGGAAUGGAACGCUGGAAAUUCCAUAUCAGAGACCCAAAUUUUUAAAAUUUUCGGGGGGGGGCAUUAGAUUGCGUCCGUGGAUGGCGUCUCACGCAUGCAGAUCACUCCGCCUUGGCAGCUAUGGGGUCGCAAACCAGGACAAGAAAUUCCCAUAUAAUAAAUAUUCUAUUCUGGCUAGCUAUGCUAUUGCUGCCACAAAAUAUGGAUGGCUUCACCCUGAUAUUCAAUAGACCAUACAUAAGAUCGCAGGGUUGAAAUUAAUGAUCUGAAUACACCCUUCUGUAAAGUACGUCACAGACUUUGGCUAUAAACUGCCUCAUUUUCAUGUACGCAACAUUAGGUAAAGCAUAUAACAUGUCAAUCACAAAAAUAAGGCUCCAUGGCCAAGAUGACAUAUUUUACAGAAGCAUGUAUUAUUUAACAGUCUACAAAUGGCAAUUCAUCAUCAGAUGUAAAAAUUAAAGUAGUUUUGUAGGCCAAAAAAUUACCAGUGAGGCUAAUUCAAUCGGAAUUGAUAUAUGUUUGCUUUUAUUUAGUGUGCGACUGGAAUUUUGGAGAGCAGGAAAGAGG